UCUCGCGCACAACUCCGUGGUGAGAGUAUACGUUCUCUCCUCUCGUUGCUUGCCUACGCGGAAAAAAUCGAUUGUAUCUGUGUUAAAUGCCGAGCGCCGGACCGAUAUUUUGUUCGCGUUAAUCGAUCGACAGGGGAUCAGGUCGGUGAAUGAAUAGUGCGUCGAGUCGAUCCAAUCAGUGAGUAACGAUCAGUGCCGAGGAGUCGUUCGUGAUCGAUCCUUGUGUGUUGUCCUGUCUGUCAAGGUGUUUUCCCCCGUUCACUCGCCAGGAUAUUAUGCUACCGAUCGUGUGUGCGGCAAGACCGUUUUGACUCGAGGGCCACUCGACUGUAGAUUUCCAGUAAGAUGUUACCGCAAACGCCUGACAUCAUCCCGACGACACUCAAUCAGCAAAAAUGUGUGAAAGCGCGUGCACUGUACGACAACAUUGCAGAAGCUCCAGACGAAUUGGCUUUUCGAAAGGGCGAUGUUCUCACCGUGCUCGAACAAAAUACUGCUGGUCUUGAAGGGUGGUGGUUGUGCGCGCUGCGCGGCAGACAGGGCAUCUGUCCAGGAAAUCGAUUGAGACUCCUGGUUGGCCAAUAUGAUACAGGGGGUUGUUUGGUUGGCAGCAGGCCUGACCUAACCAUUUCUGAAGACGGUGUACAGAGGCAUGGAAAACGGCGUAGCUGGCACGUUCAACCAAACAGGGUGGUGACUCCACAGAAAUGCGGUGACGUGUAUCUGUAUGACCUUCCAGUGAAUCGGGGAAGUCCCGCGCCACCUUCGAGACACGAUUCACCCUUGACUGCGAACAAUGACCAAUUACACAACACAGGACGAUACACAACCGGCACCAAAGGUUCGAUAGACAACGGCGGCGAUGUAAGCGAAUGUUACGACGUUCCACCGCGAGCUGUUCCCGUGAUUCCAUCGCCGGCGAGUAGUCCGAGCCCUGCACCCUCUUGCUACGAUAUCCCGAGGCAACCCACCUCCUGCACGCCGAACUCAAAUUGCUCCGGAGGCUCCGGCGUCACACCCCUAGAUUGCUACGACGUGCCGAGACCUUUGCAGCCCCUGACACCUAGCAGCUCGGCGUCCAGCCUCACAAACGACGGGUCCCUCAGCGGAUCGAACAGAUCCAGCCUCGCUGCGCCCGAUUACGAUGUACCUCGAACACGUCUUCCAGCUUCCUCGUUACCGUCCCGGCACAACACGCCCGUGCCGAAAACACCAACACCGCCACCACCAUCGCAAACACAGCAGAUCUACGAUGUCCCGGUCAGCAAGGAGCUUCCCUUGGAGCUGGACUCCGCGUUGGAAUGUCUGCAAAGGCUGCAAAGCGAGGCAUCGGCGGCAAUAACCAGGUUACUCGGCUUCGUGAUUCCUCUUUGGAGAACGCCUCAACGACUGGAUGCAACCUUGAUGGAUCUUAGACUGGCCGCCCUUAGGCUCAGAACGUCUUUACACGACCUCGCUGAAUUUGCCGAAGGCACCCUGGGGAACGCCGGCAAGGCACCGGACAAGGGAUUGGCCACGAAAUUACGACCCCUGGUCAAGGCCCUACGUGAUUCUGACAAACUCGUGCAGGAAGCCGCCACCGAGCUGGACGCGAUGGAAUGGGACGCUGGUAAGCUCUGUCGCGGGGGUGGCGAUGCCCCGACACCUACUAACGGGCCACCGUCCACCCUCGUGCCACCCAUACAACCAGAUCCACUCGAUCAGCUGAUCGCGUGCGCCCGAGCACUCACGGAAGACGUUCGUCAGGUCGCCAGUUUCAUUCAGGGGAACUCGACGCUGCUCUUCAAACGAUCAUCAAUCAUCUCGACCGACAGCAGCAACAAUAGCGGCGCCGGAGAAGAUUACGAUUACGUAAAUCUUGACUCGAGGGAAGUGGUCGCGAAGCAACGAGAGGAGCUAAGGGCGGCGCUGCCGCAGGAACUUCGUAGUAAUUACGACCUCCUUGUAUCCGAGGCGGACAAUGCGACGAUUCAAAUGCCACCCACAACUCCGACACCUAUGGAUCCCAACGAUAAACAAUUGCUGGCUUUCUACGCCGCCCAGGUGAUCACACAUGGAAACCACCUAACUCACGCCAUUGACGCUUUCAUGCAAACAGUCGCGCACAAUCAACCACCCAAGGUAUUCUUGGCACAUGGGAAAUUUGUGGUUUUAAGCGCUCAUAGAUUGGUACACAUCGGUGAUACGGUCCAUAGAAAUGUAACCAGGAAUGACGUACGAACACGUGUGUUACAAUGCGCAAAUGCACUGAACGAAGCACUUGCGCAGACUGUUUCAAAGACGAAGCAGGCGGCACAGUUCUUCCCCAGCGUAUCUGCAGUUCAAGAAAUGGUUGACAGUGUCGUAGAUGUUUCCCAUUUGGCCAAGGACCUAAAGAUCGCGAUGAUUCAGGCCGCCCAACAGCCUUGAGCAUCCAAAGAUCAGAAAUUCUUAUGUUCAAUACAGAAGAAGCCGGCGACACGCAAAGUUAGCGAGCUUCGUCAUUUUCAUCCUACAAAGACUUCUUUUUGCGUGCAAGUUCCUUAGAUCGGCUUGAUGGUUAAACCGUUUCCAUCUGUCAAGAAACUUUAAUCACUGUAAGAAGAGCAAUGCUGAAAACGUCGGCAGCUGUUGUUGUUAUCAUUGACCAUCAAACUUAAGUCGAGACUUCGAUGAUAGAUAGAGGAUGGAAGACAAAAUAGGUGAAAAGAGAGAAUCAUAAUCUGCAGAGUAAAGUCUCUAUAAGAACUUAUAUGUAGAGGAGUGAUAUGUUUUUUCACUCCUAUAGUAGUGGAACUUACAUAUAAAUAUUUGAGUCAGAUAUAGUUUAGGACAAGCAUGUGUAAGUUGGGCCUUCACGAGCAAUGGAUGGUUUUUAAUCUCACAAGUCAGAAGAAAAACAGAAGAUUAGGAACAGUGGCAUUAAAUAAAAUUUAUCAUUCAGAAAUUAUUGCAUCAUAAGACUCUGCUUCUUAAAAAAUUAUAUGAUUUAAUAAUACCUUGCUCUUGGCUUUUUACUCAUUGAAAUUAACUCGUCGAAUGCUGGCUUGGACAUGCAUGACUUAGAAUAUCAGUGGAAAAAUAAAUUUGGACCAGAUAUGGAAAAAUUGUAUUGACUGAAACAUUUUGAUCAACUAAGCUCCUUCUAUUGCAAUAAAUAGUUCUUGAGGCCUAUUGAUACUUAGAACUACGCAACUGCCAAAGCACAGGAACCUAGAAUGUAAGGAAACCUCUUUCAAGGCAAGCAUUUUUAUAAUGUACACACUACUUCAAUGUUUUAUACCACUUUUGAUUGAUCACUAUAUGGUUCAAGUGGUAAGAAUCAUUAAAGCAUUGUAUACUUGAGAAUAUAGACAUUGUAUCCUUUUAUAGGAAAUACAUGUAACCGUGUCGUUUGUUAGCUAACGGUGUGGAGUAAAUUAACAACAUAAGAGACAUUAUAGCAAGUGUAGAACAUACAUAUUUGAAAUGAUUCUUAAAUUAUUGAGAUUCAUUUCAAAUGUAAUGUGCUGUUAUCAUUAUCAGCAUGUUCAUUAUUAUCAUAGCUGUAUAUUGCAUUGAUGACACUCACUCAACACAAACAGCUCUGUAUUUGUGCCUCUUUCAUUUGGUAAUCAUUUCAUUUGGAAGCAUACACAAAUGUUCAAAAACUCAUGGAAAAUCAUUUUCUAUGGAGUUAAUAGUCCAAAAGUCACCAAGAUGUUGCCAUGCGACCUUUAAAUGUUCAUAUUUACAAAUAAACUUAACAAUGUACAUAGUGUUCAAAUGAUUCUUGCUAAUGACUUCACAAGUCAUCUAAAAACAAGAAUGUAUUGGAGCACCAUGUAGAACAUAAAUGUGUCUUUUUAGAGGCCGAUUUUAAACAAAUUUUUAUACCAUUUUAUUACCGAAACACGACUUUUUCGUGUCGGUCCUUUUUAUGGCUCUUCCAAAACAUUCAAUCAAUUACAAAUCCACAUCGGAGACUGAAAAAAAACGAACAUUAAAUUUGUAGACUGUUUACAAUCAUUCCAAUGUUGAUUCAACUGGGCUCUCCUUACAAGGGCAAUGAAAACAAUAAUUUAAUACGAAUAAGAUUUUUUAUCGGCCACAAUAACUGCUGAUUGUAAAAGUUCCAUAAUAAUUGAGUCGCCAUUUUUAGAGGUUAGUUACGAAUAAACUUGUAACUUUUAUCAUUGGCGGAUCUUGAAUUUUUUGUUAAUCCACAAAAAUCACAUUUUACACAGAUACAAUGAAAUUGUUUUUAUUUCAAUGUGUUUCUUAGGUUAUAUAGAUAAGGAGUUAUUUUCUUAAUAUGCUGGCUUUAGAAAGAUGAUUGACAACCGUAAAUUUGUAAGGCAGCCUUUUGUCUCCCUUUUUUCACGGAGAAAUACUAGAGAUCGCUGAAAAUACCCAAAAUACCGUGAAUAUGUACUUUCAAACGAUUAUCCGUAUUUAGAAUAUUUACCACGAUAGCUUGUAUGUAGUUUAUUUUUUAGAAAGUAUAUUAAUCGAGCAUAUCGCGUGAACACAAACUUCGUUUACAAAACUUGUAUUAUAAUUUAUUGGCGAAGUGUUUUUGUAAGAUAAGAGGCAUGAAAGGCAGUUAGAAUUACUGUAUAUGUAUUUAGAAUUUAUACAUAGUCGAUACUAAAUAGGUGCUUAUCAUUCUUGUUAAAUCGUAUCCGAUAAUCGUGACGUAAUAUUAAGCGGACAAUUUACCUUUGAUAUCGAAACAUAUGUAACAGAAAUAUGCAUUAUCGAUCGAACGGGUAAAGAACAUUAUCGUUUUGUAACGUUUUUUUUCUAUUCAAUCUUUGUACAUUGUACCUGUAAUUCUUUCGUGCUAAAAUAUUUUGCAAUUAAUGUUCUUAUAAUCGUGAAAGAAUUUUACUGUCAGUGCUUGUAAUUAUCGAGUACUGCUGAUUGGAUAGAACUUCAAUUAAUUUUUCGAAUAUUGCUACUGCAAUGAAAUUAUACAAUAAUUAUCGUUUAGGAAUUUAUUGGAGCAUAUUAAUGAGCAAAUUUGAAAAUUAAUCAAAAUUUCAUUUUGGAUUAAUGUAUCCUUUGAACUGAAUCAAUUAUGUCACUUUAAGGGCGUUUAAUAUGUACAUAAGUAUAUUACAAUAUAAUGUAUUAUACAAUUAUUCCUAUACAAUGUAGACAUAAAUACAAUAAUAUAUCGACGCAGCAGGUAAAGAAAGCAUUUGAAAAAUCGUGCAAUAUCAAAUCUUAACUUCUAAGCAUUGAAUUAUACUCAAGGAAGUGCGAAAAGUAUUUACAAAUAGUGCAAACGAAUCAGAUUUGUUUUACAUAACGUGGACGCAAAUUUUCGGGUAUAAAAUUUUUUUCUGUUGAAAAGUUGGUAUCAUCUUGCACUUGAUUUGCUUGGUGACAUCUGGGUGAUAAUUUUGUAUACUGGUGCGUUAUUUGUAUAUUAUAGUUUCAAUGGUUCAAUAAAGAUUAAUUAAAUAUACAGAUGAAAACUAUAUAAAUUAUACCUUUUUCUCUGUUUAGCAUUACAAUUUUAUUAAGAUUUGAGGGUUCUAAAUAACAUGGUAUAUCAAUUAACUACACGCAAUGAUACAUUUAUUAGAAACAUUUAACUUAAUUUGCAUGAAAGUACAUACAAUAGUUUAGAUGUCUCUCAUCUAAUCCCUGUGUAAGUAUCAACAAGUACACCCCUUCUUAGUGGCAUAUAGAAUAUUUCAUAUGUCUCAGGUAAGGCUUGAAUAGAUACAAAUACUCUAUCCAGUAUUUGUAAAGUUCUUGUGAUAAUGUACAGGUCAAACAUUCAAGCCAUUAUGCUUGACUUUUAGUAUUUUUCACAUAUUUUCCAUGCAUAGUUACUUAUAAAAAAUAUGCAUAAAUGACACAAAUUUAGAUCCAAAUAGUACGGAACUAAUAAUGCAAAAAAUAAUUUCAAGUCUAAUUAUUGUAUGAAUAUCUAAAACCAACUAUUAACGAUCGCAGCACCUGCCAGUAUGAGUGUGCGUAUUACCAUCCUUAUUCAUUUUUUCUUUUGCAGCAUUCUUUUCAAUAUGAAAACUACUGAGAUCUCGUUUCAUGGCAUAAGCAUCUUCUCCAUCUGCAUAAUAUUUGGGUUCCACUUCUGAUACCUCAAACUGCAAACUGCUUGUAUAUAAAUUUAAAGCUGCUCGAUUACUUCUACGUACAUGUAACGACACAUAUUUUGCUCCAAAACAUUCUACCAUUGCCCUGGAGGCUUGGUUCAUUAAUUUCUGUGCAAUGCCAAGUCUUCUGUGAGAUCGUUUCACUGCCAAACUGGUAAUGUGACCAUGAGGGUUGUCUUCACAGUCCUCUUCCAUUUUGGCAAGGACAUAACCCACUAUUCUGCCUUUUUCAUCUUCUGCCACGUAGCUCAAUUGUGGCCAAGAAAGAGCAUGGUACAAAUAAUACUUCAUCUGAUAAUUUUCCGGCAAACAUUGCAAAUUACAAUGCUGUAUGUUUAACAAGUCAUCCGUUGUUGCACAGCGUAUAUUUAUAGACAUCUUUGUAAAUUAGAAUGUUACAGACACACAAACAACACACUCCUCUAAUUAAAUGUUCUCUUAUAGGUACCCUAAUUUUUUCUUCUUAAAUGUUUAAGUAAAGCUUCAAUCUCUGCGAAUUUUCUUUAUACGUGAUCUACCAUUCUUUAAAUCAUUGACGGAUGAAGAUUCGCUCAUUCCACCCAAUAAUUCUCGGACAAAGCGGAAUCGUGAAAGGAAAAACUUCCAAACUAAAUA